GUCAAAUACAGCUCUGUUAAAUUUCCAGUUCAGUUUUCAACCAUUCGCCUUAACACAGAUCUCAAUCACCCUCCCAGUGAUAGGCAGUGUUCUGGGUACUACAUGUUCUCUGAUCAACACAUGGAACAAAAUACUGCACAUUUUUCUGAGUUUUCAAGGUAAUGGGUUUCCUGUUACAUACAGAUAUUGCGUAAUAUAAAAUUUGAUUGCAAUUUUUCAAUCCAAGAUGAGAAGGAUUUAUUUACAGUUAGGCAAACUGUUAAAUGAAUAAAUAAUUUUUAUAUAAAUGCUUCUGAUUUUGAUAUUUUUUUUGUACCAACCUAAAAUAUUUUUACAAAUCUAUGUCAUCAGUUGAAUGCCCCUUAUAAAAUCUAGGUCAAUGAAUUUGGUCUUUACACCAAUUAUUUUAAACUUAUACUAGGAAUACUUAUCUUUUUAUGUUAAUUUAAUUAUACAAAUGCAAUGCUGAUGCUCAACUGGAAUAAAUUAUUCAGAAAUAUGUCAUUAUUUUUUAGUUUAAACAUGGCAGAUGCUUAUCAAGAUUUGGUUGGACAAGUAGAUGUCAUAUCCUCCUCAAAGGUAAACAGCAACACCCAGCAACAUCUUUUUCCCUACACUGGGCCAUCUCAGUGCAAGUAGUGCACCUAGUCUGUAGAUUUUUUUAAUCACCAGAUCUAAAAUAUUUGCGGAGCUCAUUUGAUGACUAUGUGACCUUUGAAUGUGCUGCUUUAUUCCAGAAUAUCAAAGCCCUGUUAAAGAUGCCAUACACUGACUCCCCCCAUAUCAGCAUCAUGGUUCACAGGCUUAGAAAAACAUUGCUUUUAGAAGAAUUUGAUGUCCACAAAAACCUAAUCAAGAAGCAGGCAGUAAGUUCAUAUUACUGAUUGGAUUCACUGUUUUUUAGAUCCAGUGUGCAAAAAAUAUGUUGACAUAGAUUGCAUGUAAUUGUUGUUAACUAUUGUUUUUAUAUAAAUAAAACAAGUUCAGUGUUUCCCAAAUUGUAAUAGCUCCUUUUUCUUGCUGACCCAACACAAACUAAGAAUUUUUUAAUUUUUUUUUUAAAGCAGUUUAUAAAGUGAUGAAUGGUUAGUACGCUACCAUUAUAAAAAAUGUUGAUUGAAAUCUAGUGUUUUUGGUAUUACUGAGUGUGUUUUAAAUUUUAUUACCAAUUAGAACAUUUACUUUAAAAUGUAAUUUUGGUGUAAAUGGUUUGUGCAGCUGUAUAUUGAAGCAUAGCUAUAAGUAAUUAUGGUACAUGACAGUCCCUAACAUAGUCUUAUAUAAGUUCAUUGUGGUUCAUUUACAGGAGGAGUGGAGUUGGCUAAAAUCAUAUUUCCAGAAUGUCAUUGUCAAGGGACAAGAAGAUAAGGUAAUUUCAAAAUUAGAAUUUUUUAAUUUACUUAUUUUUAGCCACCAUUAAACCAAAAACUUGUAACAAAUCUUUUUAUGUUGACUUUAUAUGGAAAACUACCUUUAACCUUUGGGUUUAUUCAACAUUCAACUAAAAUUAGAUGUUUCAUUUAUUAAUUUUUUUACAGACCAAAUGGUUGGUCAGUGCAAAUCCCAAACGAGAUUCUUUUACAGAAAACAUGUACAUGAAUCUAAUUCGUCACAGGUAUGUCAUGUAAAAAAAAUAUUGUUUUUGUUGUUCGUCCAUCAAAAUCGACUAGGACCAUCCAGACAUCCAGUUAGAGGGGAGGGUGGGUUAUGGUGAGCUUGUAGUUGGCUUGCUAGACCGAUCCUUGCUCGGAAAAAUCUCUGACACCGCGGGCAGGAGAUAGUUGCUGCAGUCGGUGAUCUACUAUUGCUCUUUCGGGGUUAUCCUCCUGGCUUCAUGAUAUUUAAGCCCCUUUCUUGAUAGCUGCUCUCCAACUGGCUCUGUCCUGCGCUGUCUGCACCCAUUUAGUAGAGUUGAUGCUGAAGGCCUUUAGUGCUGCUUUCAGUGAGUCUUUGUAAUGAUUUUUUUGGCCUCCUUGGGAGCGCUUGCCUAUCGUGAGUUCUCCAAAGAAAAUAUGUUUUGGGAGCCGGUGGUCUUCCAUACAGGCUACGUGUCUCAUCCAUUCAUCAGUACAACAACAAAACAUUUAAAUAAGUAUAAAUUAAAUUCACAUAAUAUAUAUAUAUACACAUAUAUCCUACCUAAAAAAGGGAGAAAAAAUAGGAGUGGGCGCAAAAACCCAGACAGAAACAAAGUAAAGAAGAAUAGAAAGAAAGUGACUUGGAAUAAAAUGUAAAAACCAAACAGGAAAAAGACAUGGCAGUUACAUUAAAUUGUGGAUUUGGUUUAUCCCGUAUGGAGUCAAUGUACCAAAUCUUGUUAUCAAUUUACUCUCCAUAUAGAUCCUAUCCGAUGUGUUACUAGUAUACAGUAUACCAGUAACUGCGAUGUUUUACAUUCCAUCAUUUUUAGUGCUAUUGAAAUGUUUGGAGACCGGACAGAGAGCCUGUUUAUGUUAUAGAGGUGUUCUCUAAACUGGUCUCCAAGGUGACGACCUGUCUCUCCUACGUAUAAUUUACCGCUCUUUUUACAAUGGAUGGUGUAAAUCACAUUGCGAGUUGUGCAGAUAAAGCCAUCUUUUAUUCUGAAUAUUUCCAGAGGGAAAGUGAUCUUAUCAACUUCAAUCACAUAAGGACAUGUAUUACAACGGCUGCAAUUGCAACUUUUAGUGCCUUUAUGUGCUUUAAUAGCCGGGAGGUGGCUUCUAACUAGCAUGUCCCUAAGGCUCUUGUCCCUCUGAAAAGCGAAAAGAGGUUUUCUGAAAAUCUCAUUGGUGACAGGGUCUGCCAUAAGAAUGGAGCGGUUUUUCAGAACCAGAAAAGGAGCAUUUAGGUUAUGGGGGUGAAAAGUUAAAAUAAAUUUAGACCUACCCCUAGCGUCAGUAUGAGUAGCUUUAAAAGAAUCCUGUCUAGUCAUACCUGUAACUUGAGCAGUCCAACACUUUUUAUAACAUCUUAUAACACUUGGAUAAUUGUCUUAGUUUUGACAUGAUGGUUUUUCUCUUGUUUUCAUGAAGCAUAUUUUUAGCAUAAACACCAUUAGAUUUUGAAAUGAAUCGUAACACAAAGUCAUGUCAUCACUAUACUUUGUUUUACAUAUCUACAAUUUUCUUGUAAUGGGGAGAAAAAGAUGUCUAUUUAUACUGAUCUAUUUUUAAAUAUAUACUUAAAGUUACUGUGUACAUACAUAUGAUAAUAAUUUGUUGUGUCUAUUUGAUGACAAUUUUGGCCAUUGAAUGUGCUGCUUUAAUCCAGAAUAUCAAUUAUAUAUNAUAAACAGAAAUUCUUUGAAAAAAAAUACUCUUUAACUUACUUCACAAUCAUUUUGAUAAUUCUCAUUUAAUAAAUGACAAUGAUCAAACAGUUUUGCAGCUAGCAUUGGUGACAAGCAAUGCACUGCACUCCAAGCAGCAGAGGACAAAUCAAAGCAAGUUCAUCCAAUACCAGAAAGCUCAGAGGCAAGUCCAAUCUCUCUCUCUCUCUCUCUCUCUCACUCUCCACCCCCACCCCCUCCCUCUUAAACCAGAAACCAGCCCGGAACAAAUUAUGCAGUAGAGCAGCGGUUCUCAACCUGUGGGUUGCAACCCCUUUGGGGGUCGCGGUACCCUUUUCCAGGGGUCGCCUAAGACCAUCUGAAAACAUAUAUCCUAACAGCUAUGAAGUAGCAACGAAAAUAAUUGUGUGGCUGGGGGGUCGCCACGACACGAGAAACUGUAUUAAGGGGUCGCUGCACUAGAAAGGUUGAGAACCACUGCAGUAGAGCUUGAUUCAAAUAGAAUUUAGAUGUCAAAAAUAUAAUUUAAGGGUAUCUAACAUUAGACUUAUUACCAGAAUCAUUGGGCCUUACUAAUCUGAAUGUGUCCUUGUAAUUAUUAUUAUAAUCUGUUCAUUAACUCAAAUUUAAAAAACAAAACUGGUAGAAAAUUAAAAUUUUAUUGGCAUAUCUUAAAAGGCUGAAACCUUAAACCAUUUUGAUCAAUCUAUAUGUCUUAAAAACAUUGAACCAUAAUGAAUAUAUUUAUGAGCUUAUGUGAAGUAGUUUAUGAUAAACUUUUAUCAACAAUUUUAGGAUUUAAAAGGUUUCCACCAUGAAACACUGUGGAAGUUUGAAGACAUCAGUAUGUUGAUAGACAGUGACCUUCCAAUAUUCGGUAGUGGAGAAACACCUCGUCCAUGUAUCAGUCUUCGUCUUAGAGAUGCCAGAUCUCCACCCAUUAAUAUCCUGACUGGACUGGAUUACUGGCUAGAUAACUUGAUGAGCAAUGUCCCCGAGGUGGCCAUGUGUUACCAUGUUAAUGGACUUGUGCAGGUGAUGAGUUCUUGUUAAAUGAGGGGCUUUCAAUAUAAUUUCAUCCAUAUAAUUUGUCAACUGAUUUUUUUUUAAACUUCUUCAGGCUAUAAUUAAUUAAACAUCUUUUACAUUUUUAACCAUCUGAUUACACAGAUUUGUACCAUGGGGUUUUAAGAAAAUUAAAAAAAAAAAUGUAUGAGUUAUUUAAAGUCAAAAUAACAUGUCCUCCUGUAGAAUAAAUCAACUCUUAUUUUAUAAUAUAUUUGUGCCUGACAUAAAAAAAAUAACUGCAUAUGUUUAUAUCUUUUUACUAUUAAAACACAUCAUAAAAGUAAACCAAAAAUGUACAGAAUGUUGAAUUAGUCUGAGCUUUCACACUCUUUAUUUUUCACUUUAAAAAUAUUAUAUUGUAUCUUCCAUCAAGAAAUAUGAAGUGAUGCGGACAGAGGACAUUCCAAAUUUGGAGAACUCAAAAUUUGAUCCCAAUGAAGUCCUUGACAUUGCCCAAAACAUUAUGUCUUUCAUCAAAAGGAAUGCUGCAGUGGAGGGUCACACAUAUUGGCUCUAUAAAAGUAAAAGGAUUUCUCAAUAACGAUUGUUUCAAAAAUGUAUUGGGGUCAUAAUUAUAAGGUGUUAAAACAUUUUGAUUGUUCCGAUAAGUUUGAUUACGACUAAGAAACAACAUACCCGCAGUAUCAUUUGAUGGGCACCAGGUGAAAGAUAUGAAAGUAUUAAAUUGGAAGCUCUGAUUUUGAGAAGGGGGAGGAAGGGGAUCACAUGGAAGUCGCAAUAAUACAACUAGUGAAUUUAGUGCAGAAAUUAUUCAUUACCUGUAUUAUUAUUUUGGUGCCUUUUGAUCUUUCGUAAGUCUCGAUUCAUCUGCACACCAGCAGGCCAGAAAUAUUUUGAUUUUUUUUUUUUGUUUGCCUUGGCCUCAGGUCAAAAUGAUGAGAUGGUGAAGCUCUAUGACCUGACAGAUUACUGUAAAAAUGAGAUAGCAGAAGGAGACAACCCGUUCACCGUUCCUGUUGGAUUACUGUGCCACCGCGUGGGGAGGAACCUGAAGAGGUCGGGACAGAGAAGAAUGGCAGACGCACGUGCAAUGUUUGAAAACUGUCUUAGGCUUUUGGAGGAAACAAAACAUGCUCAAGUAUGACGACAUUAUCUUUUUAACAAUGUGUGUUUCCCUAAUGGAAAUCUUUAUGUUAAUCAUUUACAUUGACCAGGUAAUUAACGUUUAAAAUGUGUGUUUGAAGUUUUCAUUACUCUAAUCAUCAUUCAUGUUUUUUAAUGAUUUCGUUAACAUAAUCAUGGCAGGAAAUAAUAUCACAACUAUUUUUAUGUUAGAUGGAUGCUAUGUCUGUAGGUUCUUCUCGAAUGUGUUAUUACCUGCCUAUUCUUACUUACCUUGUUUCAGGUGUGUGCGGAUGCCCACUUCCACCUGUGUGACAUGUGGGUGCCUGAUAAAUCAGUUAAUGAUGUUUGGCAAGAGAAAGGAAAAAUUUCAGAACCGGUACAACUUAACUCCCUGUAUACCUUAUCUUUACCUGCAUAUCUUAACCUACCUGUAGAACUAACCUUAUCUGUUUAUAUGAGACUUAGUUUUUUUAUAAUAUACUACAUAAUCAUUUUUAUUAAAAAAUCAGUACAUCAAUAAAAUGUAGAAACUAAAAGAGCUGUUUUAAACAUAUUUAAAAUCAUAAUUCAGCAUAAAAAAAAAUUAUUUGGGGAAAUGUUUAUAUUUACUUUCUUUAUCUGGAGCAUGCUCCCUUCUAAAGGAUAAAUGUCAUGCAUACAUUUCAGAUGCUAGAAAAAUAAACCCUCAUUAACUCAUUUCAAAUUUAAUAAUUGGGAAUAAUAUAAAAAGAAAGCUUUGUGAAUAACAGAAUAUUGUGAUUAUUCAUUCAUAUUUUUUUUUCAUAAUGUGUGAAGUUAAUUUUUUUUGCUGGUUUAUUCUCUUAGUUAAGUUUGAAAUAAUUCUUUAUCAUCAGCCUGUGGAUCUUUAUGAUGAAGAUGAGACUAGCUCAGAUGAGAGUAGUGGGACUGAUGUACAGUCAAGAAAAGGUAUUGACAACAAGGAGUCAGAAUUUGUCAAAGCCGUGAAAGGGGGCCAGGAGUCCUUGGGGGACGGGUGCCGGGAUGGGGAGGUGAUGAAGAACUCCGUGGCCCUGAAGGAGCUGGUGGUGCGAGGCAUGAUCAAGAGAAAGGCAUGGGAAGUUGUGCACGCUUGUCGCAUCGCUGGAACAACCGAUGAAAGGUGUCAUGUGGCAUUAUCCCACAUUCGCAAAGUAAGUGAACAAAAAUUAAUUUUCAAAGACUGUGAAAGCUUAGAGGUUACCUGUAAUCUGUUUUUAUGAAUACGUUCAAAAUAUUUUAGGAUAAAAUCACAAAUUAUUUUCAUUUUUUUUUCUUAUCUUUUUCUCUAAAUCAUAACAAAAAUAUUUAUCUUUCCAUGACAGUCGCCACUAAUUACAACUACUCAGGUAUAUAUCAGACUCUGUUAAUAAGCUCUAUGAAUUAAUUCAUUCAGGGGGUUCAGUUGCCUCACUGUAAAACCAUGAGGGAUCCAUGUCUUUUAGGUUGUUGUAAAGGGUCUAUAGGAUUUUAACUUUUUCAUGUUUGUGCUCAAGUUGUAUCAUAAGCAUAACAUUUUUUCCUCUUUGAUGUUACAGGGCCUUAACUGUGUAGAUAAAGAUCAAUCUAAAGGUAAAAAUAUAGGUCUGGUAGAAAAGCAGCAGACUUGCAGCCCAUCUAAGGCCAUACCACUCUACUAUCAGCCCCUCAACAUCCACACGCAGGACAGAGCAGAGCAGACAACAGGGGAGGAGCCCAAGGAGCCCCAGAUGUGUAACCCAUUGACACCAAUACCGCUUAACUACACACCUCUGAACAAACCACCAGAAAGUUCGGUAGAUGCCGGGCCACCGCCUGAGACCCCAGGCCACCUGAAUGUCAAGGCCAUGUCCCAAGAACCCUGCAGAAUGGGACCACCACCGUCUGAGACCCCAGGCCAUCUGAAUGUCAAGGCCAUGUCCCAAGAACCCUGCAGAAAGGGACCACCACCGUCUGAGACCCCAGGCCAUCUGAAUGUCAACGCCAUGUCCCAAGAACCCUGCAGAAUGGGACCACCACCGUCUGAGACCCCAGGCCACCUGAAUGUCAACGCCAUGUCCCAAGAACCCUGCAGAAUGGUACCGGCUGCAGUUUGGGAGCCCAAUGUUUUCAAGUCAGAAUCUGAGACAGAGUCAUCCAGUGGCAGUGUUCGCAGUGAGAAAUUAACCUUGGAAACCUGGCAUGUUCAGGCUAAAUUUGACCUUUUAAGGAAAGCGGCCAUAACAUAUUUUGUUCUGGCCAAAGAGUUUUUUGAGAUCAAGAAAUACGGUCACACUCUUAGACAUUUACGCUAUGCUGUGCACUGUUAUGGUAUGUAA